AUGGUGAACGUGUGGGGUUUAGUGGCGAUUCUGCUUUUUGUUCUGGCCCCAAAUGUGUCGUCGUAUGAUCGGCCGGGCCCUCGGAAAAAUUUAGUGAUUCAUCGGUCUGACGACGACGAUAGCUCCCCGGAUCAGGUGCAUAUAUCUUUGGUUGGACCCGACAAAAUGCGAAUAUCAUGGAUAACGAAACUUUCAAUCAUGCCGACUGUUGUAUAUGGCAUGGUGUCUAGAAAAUACGAAAACUCUGCCAAUGGAACGUCGUCGUCGUACCACUACUUGAAAAUUUAUCAAUCGGGCCAGAUUAACGACGUAGUUAUUGGCCCAUUAAAACCCAAUACAGUUUAUUAUUACAAAUGUGGAGGUACAUUUUCAACACAAGAGUUCAACUUCAAGACGCCUCCCUCUCAGUUCCCAAUCAAAUUCGCUGUGGCUGGUGACCUUGGAACAACUGAAUGGACUAAAUCAACGCUGGACCAUUUAUCAAAAUGGGAACAUGACGUUUUUGUCUUGCCUGGAGAUCUGGCGUACGCUGAUUUUAUGCAACCUAGGUGGGACACAUUUGGUCGCUUGGUGCAGCCACUUGCAAGCCGAAGACCUUGGAUGGUCACUCAAGGCAACCACGAAGUCGAACACAUUCCUCUCUUGCAUCCUGAAAGGUUCACCGCCUAUAACCACAGGUGGCGCAUGCCAUUUGAAGAGAGUGGCUCGACCUCGAACUUGUACUAUUCCUUCAACGUUUUUGGAGUCCACGUUAUAAUGUUGGGCUCAUACACCAAUUUCGAGCCUGGCUCGGAUCAGUACCAAUGGUUAGAAAAGGAUCUCAAAAGCAUCAAUCGUAAGGCCACACCAUGGUUGAUGGCUGUGAUACACGCGCCGUGGUACAACACCAAUGAAGCUCACCAAGGAGAGAAAGAGAGUGAUGAUAUGAAAAGUUCCAUGGAGACUCUUCUUUAUAAAGCUCGUAUCGAUGUGGUUUUCGCCGGUCACGUCCAUGCUUACGAGCGAUUCAAUCGGGUGUACCAAGAUAAGUUCGACAAAUGUGGUCCGGUUUAUAUUAACAUAGGGGAUGGUGGAAAUGAAGAAGGCCUUGCUACAGAGUAUAAAACUCCAAAUCCUGCAAUAUCUUUGUUUAGAGAAGCAAGUUUUGGGCAUGGUCAACUGGUGGUCAUGAAUGCGACUCAUGCACAUUGGGACUGGCAGAGGAACGACGAUGAUGUGUCGGUAGAAAAGGAUUCGGUUUGGUUAACCAAUCUCUUAGCCGAUUCAUCCUGUAAGAUUUAG